CAGCAACACCAAAAUGCAAGCGCAUUUAUGCGGGCUGUUUGCAGCGAUCGUACUGCUGAUCGGAACUGCCAGUGCUCGCUUAUUCGUCAACCCGUAUCCCCAGUACCAGCAUCUGCAAAAGUAUCGUACCGCGUCCCUCAGCAGCACCGAAGACGUUGGAGAUGCCCUAUAUCUGACGCCCUUCAUCAAUAAUGGCUCUAUCGAAGCCGGACGCAAUUCGGCGAAAGUAGACAGCACUGCCAUCCCAGCGAACAUCGAAAGCUACUCGGGUUAUCUGACCGUAGACGAGAAGCUCAACUCAAAUCUCUUCUUCUGGUACUUUGCGGCUCAAAACGAUGCCCAAAAGGACGCACCGGUAGUCAUCUGGCUGCAGGGAGGUCCCGGUGCGUCGUCGAUGUAUGGACUUUUCACCGAAAAUGGCCCAUUCUCCGUCGAUUCGAAACUGAAUCUGCAUCCAAGGAAGUACUCAUGGCAUCUGAAUCAUCAUCUGAUCUACUUCGAUAACCCGGUUGGUACGGGGUUCAGCUUUACCGAUCAUGACGAAGGCUACAGCACCAAUGAGACCCAUGUGGGAAACAACCUCCACAACGCACUGGUGCAGUUCUUCCAGCUAUUCCCAGAACUUCAGAAUCGUAAGUUCUUCGUAACCGGUGAAUCGUACGGCGGAAAGUAUGUUCCAGCUGUGUCGCAUGCCAUUCACCGCCAUAACGACAACGCCAAGGUCAAGAUUAACCUUAAAGGGCUGGCCAUCGGCAAUGGAUUGUGUGAUCCAUUCCAUCAGCUUGUCUACGGUGACUACCUUUACCAGCUGGGAUUAAUCGAUUCUAAUGCUCGCGAUGAAUUCCACGAGUAUGAAAAGAAAGGCCGAGACUGUAUAACCAAAGGGGACAUGAACUGCGCGUUUGAUGCGUUCGAUGCCCUGAUCAACGGAGACAUGUAUCAUAGUGGAUCACUCUUCAAGAAUGUAUCCGGUUUCGAGACAUACUUCAACUAUCUGCAAACAAAACCGGAUCCAAAGGAUGACUACAUGGUCAAGUUUCUAGAGCUGCCGGAAACGCGAAAGGCGAUCCAUGUCGGAAAUAACACCUUCCACGAACUGGAUACGGAAAACAAAGUCGAGGAACAUCUGAAGCUGGACGUGAUGAACUCGGUGGUUCCGUAUUUGGAAGAACUGUUGAAUACCUACCGCGUGGUCAUCUAUAACGGUCAGUUGGAUAUCAUUGUGGCCUACCCGUUGACUAUGAACUAUGUGCAGAAGUUGAACUUCCCGGAGCGGGAGCAGUACAAGAAAGCGCCACGCUACAUAUGGAAGGUGGACGGUGAGAUUGCGGGGUACGCCAAGGAAGCCGGCCAUUUGGUGGAGGUGCUGGUGCGCAACGCCGGCCAUAUGGUGCCGAAGGAUCAACCCAAGUGGGCGCUGGAUUUGCUAAUGAGACUCACCCAUGGCAAGAGUUAUGCUUGAAACUGUCAGGAUUAGUUGGAUGUACGUAGUGUUUAAAAAAUGUG